AGUGGGGGUGGGGUGGAGUGGAAGGGGGGAGGGAGGUGGAGGCGGGCAGACGGAAGAGCUGGGGGCUAGAGGCCGCUGGCUGGGGCUAAAGGCAGCCCAGGAGUGAGGCCGGUCAGCAGGAAGGAGACAGCUCUGAGACCCCAGGCCGAGGCCCCGCAGAGAUGGAGCAGAAGGAAGGGAAGCCCACUGAGGAUGGCACCACCGUCUCCCCAAACACAGAGGCCCCGGAAACACUGGGAGGUGGAGCCUCUGCAGAAGAGGCCAAAGGCUCAGUGGAGCCAACAGUCAAAGAGACACCUCCAGUUGGAGCAGGAAAGCAGGAAAGAGCAGCAGCUGAGGACGGCACAUCACCUGAACUUCAGGGGGAAGCAAACGGGUUGGAUGAGGUCAAGGUGGCAGCCAAAGUGGAGGCUGAACUGCACAAGGAAGAUGGCGGGAAGGAAGAGAGCACAGUGGCUCCUCAGGAGAUGACUGAUGGGAAGGAAGAGACCCAGCCUGGCCCCAAGGAGGCUGAGGAAGCCCUGGGGACCACGCUGGCCUCUGGGAAGCAGCAAGCUGACGAGAAGGAGGCCAAGCCUGAAUCUCAGGAGGAAGCCCGUGUGAAUGAUGAGGCCAAGGCUGAGCCCACGCAGGCUGCUGGGGAGCAGGAGGCCAAGACCGGAGCCAGGGAGGCUGACGGGAAGGAGGAGGCCACAACAGCCUCUCAGGAGAAGAGCGACAAGACCGAGGAGCCCACGGCUGAAGCCCAGGAGAAAGCUGGUGCCCCGGAGGCUGGGUCAGAUGCACAGACCAAGGCUGCUGUGGAGGCAGAGGCCGAGGCUGAACCUCGGGAGGCUGAUGCGAUGGAGGAGGCAGAGCCAGGUGGCCCCAAGGAAGAGCAGGACCAGGGCGUGGAGAGAGAGUCGGAGGAGGGCGCAGGAGCGGUCCCCAGCUCCCCUGAGGAAUGGCUCGAGAGCCCCACGGAGGAGGGCAGCGGCCUCAGCCCGGACGGGGUGGGUCCAGAUGCGGCAGCUUCCGGAGAGACCAGUCCUUCAGCCAGUGAGUCUUCACCUAGCGAUGUGCCCCAGAGUCCCACAGAGCCCCCUGCCUCCCAGGAGAAGAAGAAAGAGAAGGCACCAGAGCGCAGGGUGUCAGCCCCUGCCCGGCCCCGGGGGCCCCGUGCACAGAACCGCAAAGCCAUCGUGGACAAGUUUGGCGGGGCAGCCUCAGGCCCCACGGCCCUGUUCCGAAACACUAAGGCAGCGGGAGCAGCCAUUGGCGGUGUCAAGAACAUGCUCUUGGAGUGGUGCCGGGCCAUGACCAGAAACUACGAGCACGUGGACAUCCAGAACUUCUCCUCCAGCUGGAGCAGCGGCAUGGCCUUCUGCGCCCUCAUCCACAAGUUCUUCCCUGAUGCCUUUGACUAUGCUGCCCUGGAGCCCACGCAGCGCCGCCACAACUUCACCCUGGCCUUCUCCACAGCAGAGAAACUGGCCGACUGCGCCCAGCUGCUGGAGGUGGACGACAUGGUGCGGCUGGCAGUGCCCGACUCCAAGUGUGUCUACACCUACAUUCAGGAGCUGUACCGCAGCCUUGUGCAGAAAGGACUGGUGAAGACCAAGAAGAAAUGAAGAGCUGGCUGGCCCUGUGGGUGGAGGUGGGCAGGGUGUCCAGCUGAGCAGCCGUGGACAGGAGGCAGCGGAGCUGGGGCUGGAACAAGGGCAGGUGGCACCGGAGUCUUAAAUGCAUUAAAAGUACUUUUAUGGGGUCACUUGGGGGACUCAGUGGUUGCGCACCUGCCUUUGGCUCAGGCUGUGAUUCCAUGUCACAAUGGGAUUGAGUCCCACGUUGGGCUCCCUGCAGGGAGCCUGCAUCUCCCUCUGCCUAUGUCUCUGCCUCUCUCUCUCUCUGUGUCUCUCAUGAAUAGAUAAAUAAAAUCCUUAAAAAUAAAUAAAUAAAUAAAUAAAUAAAUAAAUAAAUAAAUAAAUAAAGUACUUUUAUAAAA